AUGUCGCAUCCUCAAUACUUCGACUAUCCCGGCUUUGGGGAGCGAUCAAAACGGGAUUUGAACUACAGCCAAGCGGUCCGCAUCGACAACCGCAUCGAAGUAUCCGGCGGCUGGGAUUGCACGACCGAGGAGUAUCCUGAAGAUCUUUCGAAGGAGGUUGACCAAGCUUUCGACAACGUCGAACAUGCUAUUCAACAGGCUGGUGGGGAGGGCUGGGACCAGGUUUACAAGACGCGUAUCUACGUUACCGUGCCGAUUAAUGAGAUUGCGGAGCCAAUUAUUCGCAACAUGAAGGAAAGAUGCAAGAAUCAUGGGCCUCUCAUGACUGUAGUGCAAGUCGUGGCUUUGUAUAAGACGAUGAAGAUUGAGAUAGAAGCGGAGGCGCACUUGGGGUGA